AUGGAUAAACCUAUAUACAGCGCAGAGCUGAAAUUAGUUCUCCUCGGAGAAUCGUCUGUGGGUAAGUCCUCAAUUGUAUCACGAUUGACAACUGGCCAAUUUCAGAAGAAUAAUGCCACCAUAGGAGCUGCUUUUACAACGAAGACGAUAAGGGUAGAAAAUGACACGAUGAUAAAGCAAGUUAAACUAGAAAUUUGGGAUACCGCAGGGCAAGAAAGGUAUCGUUCACUGGCACCCAUGUAUUAUAGAAAAACAGAUGUUGCUCUUGUGGUCUUUGAUGUUACGGAUAAGAACACAAUGAGCAAGGCACAAUCAUGGAUUGACGAGCUUAAUAGCUACGUUGAACAAGAAGAGGCGGAGAACCUCAUUAUCAAAAUCGUCGGAAACAAAAUUGACUUAAGCCCUCAACUACUCGAAUAUGAUAUGGAGUGGUUCCCUGUUAGUGCUAAGACCGGUCAAGGCAUCGAAAACUUGUUUCGGCUAAUUGCGGAAGAAAUUCCUUAUGAUAAAUUCAUUCAACAAAAUACAAUACGGGCUACUCAAGAAAAUCAAGUCAAUCUAAGCUCUAAAGAAGUAAUAAGUAAUUGUAGUUGCUGA